ACUCCUCUGUGCGACGAAAGACGAGUUGCUGGAAGCAGGGUGGCCGCUUGGAAACUCCACCCGCGCUAAAAUUAAUUGUAGAUAACGCAACUGCUGAGCUUAAAAGGGGGAAGUGUUUGUUCGGAUCGUCAAAGAACACGGGCGGCAGUUGAGUCCACUUUCCUAUUGAUGUUCAUUGGGAUAAGAACGCCCCGAUCCAAGAUAGCCAGCGCGACUGGCAUCCAUUCUGCGAUUCCUACAUAAGCAGUGCCAAUCCGCCAGCGGGGGGAGGAGGAAUUGUACAGAUCUCGAGCAGAAGAUACCUAUCGGCCCACGACGAUCCACAUCGAGGGACAGGGGCGGCGGCGGUGUGAGUGAAGUAGAAGUAGAAGAAGUGUUGUUGGACGAAGAUGAAGUCCGUCCACCAUAGACGAAUUGCAUCUCUUGCGCGGCACUUCCGCAUGGAGGAGGGCGGGUCGAUCGCGUUUUCUCCCACCAGUGCGACCGCAUCGUCCUUCGCUCAUGUCAAGCAAGCUCCGGAGGAUGCGAUUCUUGGCGUGACUGUUGCCUACAACAAGGAUCCGAGCCCCGUGAAGGUGAAUCUGGGCGUCGGCGCUUACCGAACGGAGGAGGGCAAACCUCUGGUGCUCAAUGUCGUCCGGAAAGCCGAGGAGCAGCUUCUUGCAGAUAGGGCUAGGAACAAGGAGUAUUUGGGAAUUACGGGUAUUCCUCAGUUCAACAAACUCAGCGCAGAGCUGAUUCUCGGCCGCGAUAGCCCGGCCAUCGCACAGGGCAGAGUUAUCACCGCCCAGUGUUUGUCUGGGACUGGAUCUUUGAGAGUCGGCGGAGAGUUCCUUGCCACUCACUACAGCGGGCCCAAGGUGAUCUACGUUCCUUCUCCAACAUGGGGCAACCACUUGAAGAUUUUCCCACUCGCUGGGUUGGAAACCAGAACCUACCGAUAUUACAACCCCAAGACCCGCGGACUGGAUUACGAGGGCAUGAUCGAGGAUUUGAGAGCAGCGCCCAACGGAGCGGUGGUGUUGCUGCACGCUUGCGCACACAAUCCCACCGGCGUGGAUCUCACUCAGGAAGAGUGGGAGGGCCUGCGAAAGGUGAUUCGAAAUGACAAGCAGCAGCUGCCCUUCUUCGACAGCGCCUAUCAGGGUUUCGCCAGCGGAAGUUUGGACACCGACGCGUUUGCCGUGCGCAGAUUUGUCAACGACGGCGGGGAAACCUUCAUCGCCCAGAGCUACGCCAAGAACAUGGGUUUGUAUGGAGAACGAGUCGGAGCCCUGAGCAUUGUGGUGAGGGACCCCUCGGUCGCAGCUCGUGUGGAAAGCCAGCUGAAGCUCGUGAUUCGACCUAUGUACUCUAGCCCUCCUACCUACGGAGCUGCCAUCGUGUCGACCAUUCUUAGUAACCCGGCCCUCUACGACGAGUGGAAAGUGGAGCUGAAAGCGAUGGCCGACCGAAUCAUCAGCAUGCGCCACCAGCUGUUCGAUGCGUUGAAAGCCAGGAAGACACCAGGCGACUGGACUCACAUUCUCAACCAGAUUGGCAUGUUCACGUUUACCGGCUUGAACAAGCAGCAAGUGGAGUACAUGACCAAGGAAUACCACAUCUACAUGACUAUGGACGGGCGGAUCAGUAUGGCCGGCCUCAGCUCACGAACAGUUCCUCAACUUGCCGAUGCCAUCCACAGCGCAGUGGUCAAAUUUUCCUCUUGACGGGCGGAUCAGUAGGGCCGGCCUCAGCUCACGAACAGUUCCUCAACUUGCCGAUGCCAUCCACAGCGCAGUGGUCAAAUUUUCCUCUUGACGGGCGGAUCAGUAUGGCCGGCCUCAGCUCACGAACAGUUCCUCAACUUGCCGAUGCCAUCCACAGCGCAGUGGUCAAAUUUUCCUCUUGAGUGUUGCUUGGGCCUUGCGAAAGCAAGACCAUGUUGCAGUGAGAGUCAACUCCCCACCAAAACUAGUUCUUCAUUUUUUUGCUUGUAAUUGACGCCCCUUAGGAGCCUAACAAUUGCGAGUUCAUUUUUUUAGAGGCUGCGAUCAGUGCCUUUACAUUAUGUCCAUAUGUUCAUAUGUUUAAGAAUUACUGCAUAGAGCUCAAUCUAUAAGCAGGUAUAUUUGCGAGUUGACGACCAGUUGCCGAAUGCUUAUGGUUUUGCAACCU